AUGGCGUCUCAGCCGCAGGAUUUGGACAAUCAGCCGUUGCUGUCGAUCCGGGACAAUGACGCCCAGGACCGUUCCAACGCCGCCGCGGAUUCGCAGUUGCACAACUCCGACGAUUAUCUAGAGGAUGAGAAUGAGGAUCAUGGCUCUUCCCGCCAGCCGCAGAAGGCAUCUAGGAAAAGUCAGCUCUCAGAUCGGGUAAAGGGGCGCGUGCUUGCUCUCCAGCUCGGAGAUACAAGUCGCGGGACAAAAUCGAUUGAACUGACGGAAUUCUCUCAUGAGGCUCCUCGAGGGGAUUCCAGUGCGACGCUUUUGCAGCCAAGCGAUUCUGAGGACGAGCCAACUGAAGAAGAUACGGCAGCACCCCGACCUGCGACUUGGAGCCCGCUUUGGCUUAAGCAGUCUGUAGUUGGAGUUUUCUUAUUCUUGUUCUUCUCCUUCACUGUAGCUUUUCCGAUCUUGCUAUCGUAUUCCGAGAAACCCAGGGGAUUAGGGCGGGCGGAAUUGAGCGCUACAGACGUUUGGAGAUUUGCCCCGACUGCUGUUCUCACGGUCAUCACCAUAUUCUGGUCACGGGUGGAACUGCAGGCUCUGAGGUACAUGCCCUGGGCGAUUGCGCGAGAUAGCCCACGCGGCUCGGAAUGGAAGGAUCUCGAUUAUACAACCAUGAUACCGCCCGUGCUUUUGUUCCGGUCGUUUCAAAACAGACACUUUCUUGUGUUUUUUGCCGCUCUUGCCACGGCUCUUCUCCGAGUCCAAGUCGUUCUUUCAACGAAUUUGUUCAAAAUAAGUCUACGGGGCGUGCCAGAACCCAUAGAAGUGAACAUCUUGGAUUCCUUUGAUACUGUCAUUGACGCGCCGGUAUCUCAGAUUUCUAUGGAUGCCUACUACAAUGCAGUCGCUGUUCGGGAUUUCCAGAUGAAUCUACCAUUUGGCGCUUCCAAAGAGGCGGCCUAUCAAACCUUCAACACAAAGGAUCCAAUGAGAGAUCCCGUCACGGUUGUUGUCAACGGGCUGUUUACGCACGUCGAAUGCAAACUUCUCACAAACUACACUAAUCCCCCGAGGAGAGUGAGCCCUGACAAGAAGCCGAUGGAAAAGUCGUUUCACUAUGUGCUAGACAUGGAGUUUGAGGGAUGCCCUUCUCCCACCGCGGUGCGUUCUCCGUUCAUGAACUGGAUCGAUGAGGACCUCAGAGACACAAAUUUCUGGAUUCUAGAUCAUUUGGGAAGGGGGGCCACUCGCUGCCUCUCUCUGCCACAGGAAACCGAGCACUUCGUGUAUCUCACUGGGCAUUGGUCAGCAACACCAAAGAACAAGACGAUCCCGACCCUCGACAACCUUGCUGCGGUGUUAUGCGCUUCCAGCGCAAGUACAUCCAAGGUGAAGGUCGUGGCUGACACGACGAGCCAGAACAUGACAGUUUUGCAGGACCAGGGAGAGCCUAAAAUUGUCAAAUCUGAUCCUUGGCCUUUCUUAGAGUGGAGUAUCCCAGAGAACUCAAAGCGGUGGGUUGGUACACCUCGGCUAGAUCAUCGUUGGGAUAACAUAUUACCAGGCCCGUUCCUGACGACCUAUGAUCUGCAAGGGGAGAUGAGCUCACCCAGUUCUGACGGAUCGGAUUCGUCCGUUUAUAACAGCCAGAACCUGUACCAGUCGAUUUUGAAUAUCACUAGUCAGAUGAGCCCUCUGGUGGCUCACUAUCAGCUCAAAAGGAAUGCCUCGGAUGUGGUGCAAGGAUCCGUUAGCAGGAAAAAACCUAUUCUUCACGUGGACAGGGGCAUUGCAAUAGCAAUGACAAUAGUUUUUGCUUGUUGUGCAUUUAUUGCUCUGCUUCUAGCGCUAAGAUCCAAAAGCGUAUUCGGGACUUGGCAUCGAGACCCGGCAACAUUGCUGGGGUCUAUGACUUUCUUUCAAGAGACGGGUCAUUCCGCUGCAGAGGGCCAAGCAGAGAAGGACGAAAACAGAAAGCUCCUUUGGGCCACGGGUUCAUAUUCUCCUAUGAUACUGAGGCCUUGGUACCGCCUCCUGUUCGUUGUCUACACACUGGCCCUUAUCAUCGCCCUAAAUGCCACACACCAAAGGUCGACAGCAGCAAAUGGCAUCGCCACAGUUGGUGGCGUCCCCUCGUCCUCCUUUCUUUGGACGUUUCUACCCGCAUUAGCCAUGCUCGUUGUGGCUCUUCACGCCAACGCGACAGACACCACUGUGAGGAGUCUGUCAACAAUACUUGCCCUCUCCAGGAGAUCAUGUACAGCAGUUGAACUAGAUGUUUACUUGCUGGACAUGCUUGGACUUAAAGCGUGGUACUAUUCUCUCCGCUCUAGGAUAUUCUCAGUCACACUGGCGCAGAGCAUCGCUAUCAUCUGCGCGUUUCUAACAACCAUAUCCACCCUUCUUUUCACUCCGAACCCUACCUCCCACUCCUACAAAACAGAAUUUGAUCAGCGUACGUGGUUCAGUUCGGUACCAUCCAAAGAAACCUUGGACAACGACCGCAGCCUUACUCGCCUAUCCGUAAGCGCGCUUCUUUCAAUAAGCGGGCGAAAUAACUUCACCUACCCACCGUGGACCUAUAACGAUAUGGUGUUUCCGGAACUUUCCAUGGACUCGUCAGAUGGCUUUUGGGGCUCCAACACUGUCGUCAAAGCUCACAACAUGCCUGCGGCACGACUGUCCGAGGACUGCAAAGAGGUGCCUAAGAGCGAAUUGACCAUCGAAACCCGCCGAGAUCAAGGCCCCGCCCAGAAUAAUGAGGGAGAAGAUGGAGAGCUCCAGACUAGAGCGGUAGUCAACAUUACCCAGACCCGUUCAUGCCCAGACAAAUCUCGCAUCUGGGCCUGGGAUGUAUCCAAGGCACCUUGGAGGAGAGUUUCGCAGCCAGCACCAUCAUCCGCCCUCCCUUAUGGAAAGAUUCUGAGGUCCCUGUACUGCGAAUCCAAACCUAAAAACUCUUCCUGGGAAGUGGUGACGUACGCCUGGGGGAGUUUCUCGGAAGCCACCGAAUCAUUCGACCAUCUAACCCUCCAGAGAUGCAACUACUCUUGGGUUGAAGUCCCAACCAAUGUCAGCUUGAUUCAGGCGGAUGGGUCCAUUCAGUUCGACCAUAGUGAUCCCCCCAUUAGGGUAGGCGAGGAGAGGCCCUGGGGGGCUCCGUUCCAGAUGCCGGCCUUCAGUGCCACAGCGGACGAGAAUACAAAGUCCACGUCUGUCUGGCCGCUACUCUCGAUAGCUUCGGGGCAAGAAGCGCUGGCGAUGGCAUCUCAAUUCAACGUCAUCCUCCAGCCCUAUGGCAUGCUUACCCCAGACGACAUCAAAAACCCCGAAAGACAAGCCGACGUCCUCGCUGAAGUCACCUCGCUGCAUCGCAUAGCGGCCGCUCAACUGGUCCAUAAGGAGAACCGGUUGCGUACAAACCAGACUUCGACUGUAGCUCCCUUCCGCCAUGGAGAGCUGUCGCCUGUCCAGGCGAGGAUCCUAAGAACGGGUGCGAUACGGCUCUUCCAAAGUGAGCCGGCUACCCUAGCUUUGACGCUCAUCCUAUCUCUGACUGUCUCUGUUCACAUCUGGGCUUUGGCAUAUACCGUCUUUCGGUAUCUAUUUCGCGGCCGGAUACCUUUCUUCCCAUGGGAUGUGGACCUGAAAGGACUGGCACCCUAUCGGUUCAACAGCGUCGCCAUGGUGUCUUCCCUCCUUGAAGGCUCCAACUAUGCCGAGAUUUUGCCAAAACGGGCCUAUCAAAUGUAUCCGCCUGAGCUGCAUGAGUACUUCUCAGGAACAUUCUUUAGGCUGGGGUGGUUCGUUGGGCAGAAAGAAAAAGGGAAGGUUUUCACGGUUGGGAUAAUGGAUGACAAGAAGUUUCGUCCCUCUGCGGGCGAUGACGCUGAAAGCGUGUAUGCCAACAGCCAUACGGCGGGAAAGCGGUCACGAGUAGAAGAAAUACCCUCAUCUUAG